AUGAGAGCAAAAGUUCUACGGGUCCCCCACACUGCCAACAGUGGGGAAUACACGGAUAGGGGAGCGGACCUGAAGCAUCCCCGACACGGGCUCCAGGUGAGCCCCGGCGGCACGCGGCCAAGAUCCGGUCACCUGCCGGGCCGCGCCCGCUGCCAACGUGGGCGCCCGAGGCGGAGCGGAGGCCGAGGUGAGCGGCGCGCUGCGAGCCUCGCUGCCCUCAGGCCCAUCCCGCCCGCAAGACGGUCACUCGUGCCACUUCGGCGGUGCACGCUUUUGACUUCGGAUGCCGAGGCGCGUGACAAGGCUAAGAACACAAAGAGAAGCCCGCUUCGCCCCAGACGGGCCUCCCAGGGGCAGGGAAUCCUCGCGGCGGCCCCGGGGCGCAGGCUCGGGCGCGGGGAGGCGCAGAGCCGGUCCCUAGCCGACGCCGGGAAAGAACGCGGCCGGGCGCCAGCCGGGAGGGGCGUGGCCCCCGCAGGCCGGUGCGGGGUCCCUGGGCGCGGGCCCCAGGCCGGGGAGAACGACCACGGGCAGGGCGGCCGGACGGCCGGCGCGCACGCGGGGGCACGCGCGCUGCACUCACCUCCAGCCGCGGCUCGGGCGGCCGCUCGGCGCUGCUGGCCGGUCUCCCCGGUGCCCCCCGCCGCUCUCCCGCUUCCGCUGCCGCGGCACCGCCGCGUCCCCAGCCUCCGCAGCGCGAAGCCCCGCCCCCGGGCGGUCCGGCGGCGCGGGAAGAGGCGGCGCCGAGUGCGCGAGGAGGCCCCCAGGGGCCGAGCCCGGACGCUGGUCCCACGGUGCGCGCGCCCGGCCGCCUGCUCCUCGGCGGAAACCGCCGCCGCCGCGUCCCCUCCCGGCCGCCAGGCCUCUGGCGCUCCUUCGGGACGCAGCUCUGACAGGAGAGGCGCGCGAUGCUUCCCGAGGGGGCGCGUGGGUGGGAGCCUGCGGCAGAGCAAAGGGGACGCGACGGACCACCCAGCCCCACCCCCACCCCCACCCCCGACCCGGUCCGGAGGGAAUUUUCCGAGACGCAACCCAGCCGCACUCAGCGCCACGCACCUUGCGCUGGCGCGAUCCUCCUGA